AUGGUCAAACAAGCCCACCAAACUGCGGCCCAGCUACUUCGACCUCUGGCCAACAUAGUAGACCUAACAACAAGUGGCGAAAUCACAUCAGUAGCCUACUCAGUACAGCAUAUACCGAAAGACGUACCGAUCCGAUUCGUAUGCGAAUCACUCUUCCUACGCGACGCCCUGUGUAAGAACCUACAGCGUUGGGAAGACACUGAUUGGCUUGGCAUGCCCAAUAAACUCGCGCUGAAAGACAUAAUAAACGUUCUACGUCAGAGAUGUGCCCCUACCUCAUUCCGGUCGGCCAGCACACACAAAGAAUGGCAUAUCAUUGAUGAAGGACGGCACCUUGUAAAGCACCUCAUAGACAGCAAUGGCCUCAAGACUGUCUCCAUGAACCUCGACCCGACCCUCCACCUUUCAGGGGCGAAGCUGUCAAACAUGUCACAGCGAACAGCCUACCGUCUCAUCAUACAACGACGCUCUAUUCCAGAACGACGAUCCACAACGCUGACUGUCAGUGCAGUACUACUCAGCAUUAACCUAAUCUCAGAAAGCUUAGUACCCGCCGCGGACCUUUGGAAAAGCAUUCGUAACCAGGACUUCCGCCUACCAAUCUCAGACUUCUUGUGGAAAUGCCUCCAUUGCGCUUUCCGAGUAGGCCGCUUCUGGGCGAAAAUACCGGGCUAUGAAGAAAGAUCAAUGUGUCAAUACUGCGGUGUCGUAGACUCAAUGACACACAUACUAACAGAAUGUACGGCCCCAGGCCAAGAAGAGUUAUGGUCGAUGGCCGGCAAUCUAUGGCAGCGUAAACAAGCUGCCUGGACCAAGCCAGACCUCAACGGCAUCCUUAGUGUAGGUAUGCGCCGGUGGAUAUCUGAAAGAAAGAAACGACGGCCCUUUGUAGAGCGUAUGUGGCGCAUUCUGAUCUCUGAAACCGCCUACCUUAUAUGGUGUCUGCGCUGUGAACGAACCAUUGGACACGCUUCAGAUGAACAAUGGACUCACUCAAUGCCUGAACUCCGUGCAAGAUGGGGGAGCACACUCAACCGAAGGCUCCACCUUGACAUCGCCAUGACUCAUAAAAGACACGGAAGAGCUGCUAUAUGGCCAACCUUAGUCACUGGCACAUGGUGCGGAACCUUACGCGACGAGAUUGCGCUUCCUGACGACUGGACAAAGAUCAAUAGGGUUUUAGUGGGUAUUGAUCCUAGCACCUACGAUAUCUGGGAUGUAGGAUAA